AUGGUUCCGCCGAUAAAUUGCAUCUUCGGAUACCUCCAACAGCAGACGGUUGUGACGAUUUGGCUCUAUGAACAGGUGGGCAUACGGAUGAGAGGUAAGAUAAGUGGCUUUGAUGAGUUCAUGAACAUAGUGAUUGAAGAUGCGGUGGAAAUACCGGUGAAUGUGAAGAACGGAAUCGAAGAGGUAGACAAGAGCAAGAAAUUGGGAAAAAUCCUCCUCAAGGGCGAUAACAUAACGCUCAUUACUCCGGUUGACGAAUGA